AUGUAUUUCACAAAAUCUUUUAAUGAACAGGAAUUAUGUUCUGGAUUACAUUGGAUCUAUUCUUUUAAAAAAAAUACAAGAGAAGCGAUGAUGGAAGCUAAACCUGAAGCUUUGGAAAGAAGGAAUAAGAACAUCUCAGCUAAUGACAAAUUAAAACCUUUUCCCAAGCUAAACAAACUUUCUAAGCACAUAAAAAAUGAUCCCUUAAGAUUUCCACUUCCUUUCAAAGCAGUGCUUAACGACAUCGAGAACGCUUUCAGAAAGAAAAUUAGUGUGAAAAUGAGUUGCAUUGUACAUAAAAAAGGUGAACAGCAAUUGAAUAUGAAAUUUUCGUUAUGCCAAAAUUACGAAUGUAUGGAUUGCAUACAUAAUUUCUUUUCAAUUACGCCUUAUUAUCCCUAA